AUGUUGACCAAGAAGCACAGCAAGUUCUUGAACAGCAAACAGUUCCACAAUCUCAAGUCCACCGUCAUCAACCACAGAUACAGUUGCGUCACCCUCUCCCUCUUCCUCUUCAUCCUCUUCUGGUUCUCUUCUUUCCUCUUCUCCUUUCGGAUCGGGAAGCAGCCGCUCUCCACCACCACCCAGAGCACUAAUCACAACGUUGUUGCCGUCUCGACGCCUCCCGCAGCGUGCCGCACAGGGGUCUUGGUCUACAUCUACGACCUGCCGCCCGAGUUCAACCUCGGGCUCCUCGAGGACUGCCAGCACCUGAACCGGUUCACCAACAUGUGCCCGCACGUGGCUAACCGUGGCCUCGGCCAGCCCCUCCCUUCCUUGGGCCGUGGCUGGUUCGCCACCAACCAGUUCACUUCAGAGAUGCUCUUCCACGCGCGCCUCGAGAGCCAUCCGUGCCGCACCCGCGACCCCUCCCGCGCUGGCCUCUUCUAUGUCCCCUUCUAUGGGGGGCUCCACAUGUCGAGCCGGUACCGUGAGCCCGAUCCUGUGGUGAGGGAUGUGCUGGCCUUGCGGAUGGUGGAGCUCGUCGUCAGAUUAUCGCCAUGGUGGCAGCGGCGUCACGGGAGGGAUCACUUCAUCACCCUUGGGAGGACUGCGUGGGACUUCUUGCGUGAAUCGAACGGAGGCCCGGACUUUGGGGCCAAUGCGCUUCUCGACAUGCCGGCUGUCAAGAACAUGUCGGUGCUCGUGGUGGAGCGCCAGCCGUGGACCGGGAUGAACCAUCAUGGGCUUCCCUACCCAUCGUACUUUCACCCCACCACCUGGGGCGAAAUGCUGACAUGGCAGGACAAGAUGCAGCGCUCGAAGCGGCCCUACUUGUUCUCCUUCAUAGGCGGGGCUCGGACGGGCGGGGGAGCCAACGCCGCCAUAAGGAACGAGAUGAUGAGGCAAUGCGGGGCAUCGCCCCGAUGCGAGCUAGUGAACUGUGCGGCCAACGGGAGCAAGUGCCACAACCCGGAGAAGGUGCUCGGGGUCAUGACGAGGUCCGAGUUCUGCCUGCAAACUCCAGGUGACUCGUUCACUCGGCGGUCGACCUUCGACGCGGUGCUGGCGGGCUGCAUCCCCGUGUUCUUCUCGCGCCACACCUGCUACACUCAGUACGCCUGGUUCCUUCCUCAGGACUGGAGAUCCUACUCGGUCUUCAUAGAAGCCGAGGGCUUGACUCCGAAGAAGAUGAAGAAGAUAGAGGAUGAGCUUAUGAAGAUAACAACGGAGAGAAGAGAGAAGAUGAGGUCCAAAGUCAUAGGUUUGAUCCCUAGAGUCACGUACGCACAUCCUAAUGGCACAACAUUAGGGUUUCGCGACGCUGUCGACGUAGCACUUGAGGCAUUGGGCAAGCAUAUUGUUAAUUAGUCCAUAUGAUCAUGGGAAGAUUUUGCAUUUAUAAAUACAAAUUCGA